GAAGGCGGAAGUGAGCGAGUUUCCGGUUGGCGUGCGGCGUGCGUGCGUUUGUUUCUCGGGUAAAACAUGGCUAAAAGCUUACGGAGUAAAUGGAAAAGGAAGAUGCGUGCUGAAAAGAGAAAAAAGAAUGCUCCAAGAGAGCUCAACAGACUUAAAAGUAUUCUCAAAGUCGACAGUGAUAUUUUAAUGAAAGAUGUCCAAGAGAUAGCAACUGUGGUAGUGCCCAAACAGGGUCAGGAGAAAGUUCACUGUGUGAUGGAAGAGGAAAAAGAUGACAUGAAAAUGGAGACUGAGAUUAAGAGAAACAGAAAGACUCUUCUAGACCAGAAUGGACAGUACCCAGUGUGGAUGAACCAGAGGCAGAGGAAGAAGCUGAAGGCCAAGCGAGCAAAAGGAAGGGGCAGAAGCAAGGCAAAGGCAGCGAAGGGGCUGGCCUGGUAGACGCCUCACACGUGAGAGUGCCAGGCCUGCUGGACACUUCCCACGUGAAAAUUCCAGACAUGGGGGUCGCAUCACACGCAAGAGUGCCAAACCAGACCCGACAGUCUUUGAUUGCAAUGUGUACGCCAACUUCAUCUCUCAAAAAGUGGAAGCUAUUUGUUUCCAGAUUUUAAUCUGACCUUUUUAGUUGUAAUACAAAACCUUAAAUUGGUUUUGGAAACUUAAGUUAUGCUGAUAUUUUAAUAGUAUAAUUUUGUCAAGUAUUACAUGGUUGUAAUUAUUUGAUCUUACAACUUGGCAGUACAUAGAACUUGGCUAUUACAUAUAAAUUCAAAAAUAAGACCUCUAUAAACUGUUUAUUUGGAACUUUUGUUUGUAUAAUUCUUAAUAAAAUAUAAUUUGUGUAUA